AUGGUGUAAUCAUAAUUUAAUAUUAUUAAAUUUAUUAUAAAAUAUAGUUUUAAUAUGCCAAUUUUCUAUUAGAUUUAUUUAUUUAAUACUAUAUAGAGUAUUUAAAUUGUGAUCAAAUAUACCAUAAAAGUUAAACUAAAAUGAUAACUUUUAGAAUGGGUGGAGCCGGGGGUCUCUUGGAAACAGCCUCCCUACUUCCGAGUAGGGGCAAGGUCUGCGUACACACACCCUCCCCAGACCCUACUGUUGUGGGAUUCAACUGGGUUGUUGUUGUUGUUUGUUUGUAUAUAAAAUAAAUUAAAAAUCACUUUAAUCAAAUAUUGUAAUGCAUAAUAAGCCAAAAAAUGGAGAAAAUCAGACUCAACAUUUGCCUUAUCCUCUUCUCCCUCCUCCUAACCCUCGCCGCCGCCGCACUCGGAGGCGGCGGAAAAGUGGGCGGGAGGAAGGAGAUAAAGGACGUUGAGAAUAACAAGGAGAUUCAGAAUCUAGGGCUCUACUGCGUGAAGGCGAAGAACGAUCUCCUCAAGAAGGAGACGCCGGGCACGCCGCCUCUGGUCUUCUUCAAAGUCGUCCACGCGGAGGAGCAGGUGGUGGCCGGAAUCAAGUACUUCCUCCGCAUCUCCGCCGGCGACGGCGACGGCAAAGUCCGGAUUUUCGACGCCGAGGUUGUGGUCCAGCCCUGGGCCAAGUCUAAAAAAUUAAUCUCCUUUGUUCCCUCUGGCCGUUCAAAAUAAUCAUUUUUUUUUCCAAAAAAAAUAAAAAUAAAACCGCCCCCAUAUCUCUUUGUGAAAUGGGGAGAGCUUGAAGAUCUGUUGUGUCACAAAUUGUAACACUCGGUGUACAAAAUUGAUUGCGAUUGGUUGAAAUUUGUGUCAACCAAUCGCAAUUGAUUAGUACACGGAGACAUACUACGAGUUUGUGACACAACAGAUCAUAUAAUUGUUGUUUGACAUUUGUGUGUGGGUGUGAAAGAGUGUAAUGUGUGUAAUGUACUCACUCCUAUGGAAUUAUUGCUAUUAAUUAGCAUUCAUUUUAAUUGAAAUAAUGCAUAGUGAUAAUUCCAUGAAACAAAACCUUGUGGUUUUGAACAAGUGA